AAGACUUUUUUAUCGCAUGAGACGUUCUUCAACUCGAACCUUGUGACGUUGUACUUAAACCUCGUGCUGAUCUUGUAUCAUAAUACAUAAUGAUGCUGCUUUCUCAAACAAUGCAGUUUUUGACCCCUCGUUCGAGCAUCGAUCUGACUCGUAGAGAUGCCCUGCUUACGCAUCCGCGCUUACUCGCGCUAGAACUAGAUGGUUCAGGCUCCUGGCUCGCGGUCUGGCGUCGCGACACACGCGAGGAUGCGUGCGUCCUUUGGUCGUUUAACUUUCUUUCUGGGAGCCAUACACGCUGGCAGCUACUAUGGAGUUGCUGGCGAGCGUCGACUCAACUUUCUACGGACUGGCGCGAAGUUUACAGGAACUGGCUCGCGGACUUCUACAACGCGCAACAGAGGUAGGGCUACCCGCAAGGGUCUAUCUUCCACAAGAAGCGCUUUAGCAUCCUCCACCAUGUCGUCAAACAAGCGUCAUCAAGUUGCACUUGCAACGGCUACGACAGCAAGUGCCAUCUCUAUCAGGCAAGAACCCACUGCGGCUGCUGGCAGUGUCGGGAGUCUCGGAAGUGCAGGCAGCGCGAUGGGGAGCCUCGGCAGCGCGAUUGGGAGUGUAGGAAGUCUCGGUUCCAUGGGGAGCGGUUUCGGUAGCUUCAGCGGUCCAUUCUUUUCUGGAAGCGGGUCCGCGGGUUCCACGCCUUUCCCCGAGCUGGGAGACAUGCCAGAUUUCUCCUUCGACGCAGCCGCGGUGGAUUACGAAAGUACUAUUGCUCCUGGGCCAGGUGUGAUGAAUAUCAAUAUCAUUUACCAGACAACUUACUAGGAGAUCUAAUAUUUUUAACCCUAUAUCUAUCUAGUAAGGUCCGUGGUCACACUCAGACUCACAUGGUCGUCGUCGUAUUAUAGUUGUGUCUAAUGGAUUUAUCUUUAGAGUUCAGAAGUUCUUUCGUCUUUCGUUUCCUUCUGUUGGUUGGACGUCGUCUCCUACUUUCUUGAAGGGACGUGUUGAUUUCGCUUCGCAAUGGAAGGUCACAUGCACGGUGCCGCUGGAAGUGGAUCGAACGCGGAGGGGCUCUGUGGCGCGUUGCAGGAGAAAGCUCAAAAAGACUUCCCUGAUGGUGGCGUGCUUUCUUGCGUUCCCUUCCGCUCUUUCGCGGGUGGUUGGCGCGCUGCUUCAGAUGAUAACGAGGCGCAGCACGCCGGCUGCCGUUGCAGCAUGGUCGGCACAGGCUCAUGUCCCUACGAGACGUGCACAGGGACCGAAGCCUUUAACAGCUGCCUCGCGCCCACUGCCGUGGGUCUGGGCCUCGCAACGUUCUCGAAGCUGAGCGUCACAGGUGCGGGCCAGCUGUGCACAAGCUGCAUAUACCUCAAACCAACACCACCGGUGCUGCCCAGCCCUGGCUGCGAUAAAGCCCCCUGCAGCGGAUCCUGCUUCAGUGGUUUUUCAGGGAGUGCAGCUGCAGGUUCACAGGCAGGAAGCGCAAAACCCGUUUAAUGGAUCGGCGCAGCGUCUAUUGUCGAGAAUGAGAGAGACACAAGUCCUGUUGUGGAUCUGGUUCAUGACUUCAUUUUGGUCGCAUGGGACAGAUGAAAUACAUGACUUAUUUUGUGAUGUCGAUGAGGUGCUUGCUGAUACCCACCAAGCUAAAGGAGUUUUCUUAGUUUUUUCCGGAUUCUCUAAGUUCUAGAGGAGAAAGAAAUGUAAUGGAUUUUCUAUUGGAAUUUGAUACUAGCAUCUGCUCGCAUUUGUGCACAUGCGGGUGGUACUGCCAGCACGCGCAGAAAAAUUGGUGAAG